ACAGGAUCUCUGCGGCAUCUGCUGGACCUGACCUGCUCAGAGGGAGACCGCAGGGUUGUUUUAAAGAAGGUUGUGUUCGGAGUUGCCUGCAGAUGAUUCCAUGCCAAAGUGACGAUGGCUGAAGAAAUGUCCCUGCAGACGUGCAACAUGACGACUGCUGAAAAAAGAAGUAAAAGGAAACGUCAAGGAAGAAACAAUAUCACUCAUUCUCCUCCAGAUGGACAUCUCACUCACAAUAUGAAGCCCGACUCUUCAUUUGGCAGUAUUUGUCUAAGUAUGGACACACUUGCAGAAAGCAAUGACACUGGAAUCCUUUAUCUGAACCCUCAAACACCCAACUGGUCUCUCGUGGAGAAGUUUGCUGAGCUUUCACCAGGAGAAGAAGCACAGAUAAACAAUGACCAAGACCACAAUAGACAAUUGUUACAAUGCACUAAAUAUACUGAGACCAACACAAUGCGUGAACCUAAUGAAGUGCUCUUGAAUGCUGUGAAAAAGAAGGGAAAAUACAGUCUCUUGCACCAAAGUGAUGUCUCAGCCAAACAGAGGACAUCAAAACUCAAAGAGCUAAAUGUUGAGGACUAUUCUCCAAGCAGAGGUGGGAAUAGGACCAAAAAGAAGACGGGUUCUGUGAAGAAGUUACUUAAAAAGUGUGAAGAUGACAAGAUCCCUCGACUUCUCGUCGCAAUGAAAAAACGCAGUGAAGUGGACACAGAGCACCGCCCCUUCAAAUGCUCGCACUGCCACUGGGCUUUUAAGAAGCUUUGCAACCUGCAGAGUCACUUACAGACGCACUCUGGCCUCAAGCCCCACGUGUGCGAUAUAUGUGGCAAGGCUUACUCUCAUCAGGGCACACUGCAGCAGCACAAGCGUCUGCACACAGGCGAAAGACCAUAUCACUGCCCCUUCUGUGUCAAAACCUAUAUCUGGUCCUCAGAUUACCGAAAGCAUAUCCGCACACACACCGGUGAAAAGCCCUACAUAUGUGACACUUGCGGCAAGGACUUCAUUCGCUCGUCCGACCUGCGGAAGCAUGAACGGAACAUGCACACAAAUGACAAGCCCUUCCCAUGCACCCACUGUGGCAAGACCUUCAACAAACCCCUCUCGCUAAAGCGCCAUGAGCGUAAGCACCUGGGAGAAAGACCCUUCUCCUGCCCCGACUGUGGGAAGGCAUUUGCCCUGGCCAGUCGCAUGGCAGAGCACCAGAAAAUCCACUCGGGAGUGCGUCCGUAUGUGUGCUCCGUGUGCGCCAAGUGUUUCACAAAGUCCUCCAACCUGACCGAGCACGAGGCCAUUCACAGCGGAGUGCGGCCCCACAAAUGUGAAGAGUGCGGCGUGGCCUUUGCCAUGGCCUCUCGCCUCGUUCGUCACCAGUUCAUUCACAAUAAAGAGAAACCACACAGCUGCACGGGCUGCAGCAAGAACUUCAGCCACCUGACAAAACUGCAGCUGCACCAGGAGCAAACAUGCGCCGGGAGGAUCUUUGUCUGUGUGGAGUGCGACAAAUCUUUCCAGUGUGCCACAAAGCUUUCACAGCAUGUGCUGAAACAUGGGACAAGAGUGUCUGAGCCUGUUUAAACGCAGGUACUGUACACAUGAACCCCUUUGUUAACACUGUUUAUUUACAAUCUAAAUGCUGGAAUAUUUUAAUUAUUAUGGAUAUUCACUUCCAGACAUGUAGGACCCAUUCAACGUCACAGGGCACCAGUUGAUAUUAAUAUAUUAAUGUAUGUAUUUAUAUGAAUUGCGCGUCAUGAGUUGUAAAAUGUGCAUUCUCUUUCCAAACGGUGCUGGGUUUCCAUGGGAAUGUUGUGGGAUAAAAAUUGCCACCAGCACAGCAUCGACACUGGAGCUGACAGUUUAAUGAUGUGAUAUGAAACUGGUUACAAGAGUAGGAUACCCUUUUAAAAGUGAGAAAAUGGAUGCAGCUUAUAAUAUGCAUAACAUGGCCGGUGGUUUUGAAACCGGGGGGCAACGGUAGGACACCCAUUAAAAAUACAGCAUCCCUUCUUAAGUGUGGCACUUAACACAAAAAUCCCAUCACCUCCUCAAACUGAAUUUAUAGAUACAUAAAGAUGUAAAUACCCCACUUUAGUAUUCGUAUGAUCCUGAAUUUAUGGAUGCACAGAGAUUUAAGAACCCCACUGUAGCAUUAGCAGCAAAAGUCAAACGCAUAUAAGAUGAGAGAUUUUAGCUUGUUGUUGUCAAGCAGCAACAAUAGUUCUUUAAUCUCAGGCAUCUUCUUGGACAAUUUUUUUGACACACAAAUGACAAUAGCUGCAAAUAAAAGUGGUAAGAAGCAAGUCACAGUCUCACAUAGCCAGACGAUUCCUCACAGUGCUGUGGUAGCAAUGUGGAGAAUGGUCUGACUGCACCUCUGUAAAAAAAAAAAAAAAAACAGUCCUCUGGUUUUUUAAAAAUCAAUCUCAACUGCACGGUGUUAAGUCCAGGAUGGUCUUCGUGCAAACCAGUGAUGGGGGAGGUGAACACUGUCAUCAAAAUGGCUAAUCCACAAGAAAAAAACACAACUGCGUGAUUCAAAUCUUGAGCAAAACUCUGCAUUUUUAAAGUGUGAGUUGCAGUUUGGAAGCUGUUGUUCUGCUGGCAGCAGAGAGGAUUAUGAAGAACAGGAGGAGGAAAAUGCUGCAUGAAAUGUGGAGAUGGCAGGCUUAUACCUGAAGUCUACGUUCGGUGAGUCAGACUCACAACUUGGGAGGCAGCUCCUGAGCAGUGACAAAGGAAGUAGAGAAAAGUAUUCAAAUUAAAAUAUACCAAAAGUAAAAGUUCAGUAGCAAGUAAACUACAAAAAGGGUCCUUUUUAGAACAAUGUAAAUACUAUUACUGCCUCAUGAUUCUAGUUGCCAUAAUGACUUCAUCUUUUUGAUGUUGCACCUGGCGAGGGUGGAGACAAAAAAAGAAUACGUCGCUAAUUACGUUUUGUAUCGUUAUUCUGAAUCUGCCAAGUAAGUAAGUAACUAAAGCUGUCAGAUAAAUGUAGUGGAAUUUCUGUCUGAUAUGUAGUUAAGUGGAAGUAUAAAGCAGCAGAAAACAGAAAGUACAUCAUCAAGACUGUACCUCAGUACAGUUCUUGAGUAGAUGUACUUUCCACCACAGCUCUGGAGACUGCGUGCAUACUGUAAUAAUAGACCAGCCCAGUGUUUAAUGGUUCAGGGAAGCUAGCUCAUCAGUCAAUGCUUUUUCUUUCUUUUUUACCGUUUAGUAUGCCAUUAUUUUAUAUACAUGUGCUUUUUAUUCAUUAUUGUGUUUGACAGUACAAUUGUUAUCAUGCUGGAUGUUGUAAUUUAAUUUGUAUCUUACACAUAAUAAAAAUAAUGAGAAUAAAGCAGUUUGCACUGAUA